AUGUCGGACGGCUUCGAUCGGGCUCCAGAACCAGCGCGGCCCGCGAGCGCUCCGCCGGCGUCCGAGGACGGCCUCCCGCGGCUGAACGCCGACUCCGCCAUGGCCAAACCCCAGGUGGCGGUGGCCCCGGUGCUGAUGUCGAAGCUGUCGGCGAACGCCCCCGAGUUCUACCCGUCAGGCUACGCCUCCGCUUACGCUGAACCCUAUGAGGACGGUUGUGAGGAUUAUCCAACCCUAUCAGACUAUGUGCAGGACUUCCUGAAUCACCUCACGGAGCAGCCCGGCAGUUUUGAAGCCGAGAUCGCGCACUUUGCAGAGACCCUGAAUGGCUGCGUCACUGCCGACGAUGCCCUGCAGGAGCUUGUGGAGCUCGUCUACCAGCAGGCUACGUCGAUUCCAAAUUUCUCGUAUAUGGGAGCUCGCCUGUGUAAUUACCUGUCCCAUCACCUGACAAUUAGCCCACAGAGUGGCAACUUCCGCCAGUUACUACUUCAGAGGUGUCGCACUGAAUAUGAAAUUAAAGAUCAGGCUGCAAAAGGGGACGAAGUGACUCGAAAGCGAUUCCAUGCAUUUGUACUCUUUCUGGGAGAACUUUAUCUUAACCUGGAGAUCAAAGGAACAAAUGGACAGGUAACAAGAGCAGAUAUUCUUCAAGUUGGUUUACGAGAAUUGCUGAAUGCUCUCUUCUCUAACCCUAUGGAUGACAACUUAAUUUGUGCGGUAAAAUUACUAAAGUUGACAGGGUCAGUUUUAGAAGAUACUUGGAAAGAAAAGGGAAAAUCUGAUAUGCAAGAAAUUAUUCAGAGAAUUGAAAAUGUUGUCCUAGAUGCAAACUGCAGCAGAGAUGUAAAACAGAUGCUCUUGAAGCUUGUCGAGCUCCGGUCAAGUAACUGGGGUAGGGUCCACGCAACUUCAACAUACAGAGAAGCCACACCUGAAAACGACCCUAACUACUUUAUGAAUGAACCGACAUUUUACACGUCUGAUGGUGUCCCUUUCACUGCAGCUGAUCCAGAUUACCAAGAGAAAUACCAAGAGUUACUUGAAAGAGAGGACUUUUUUCCAGAUUAUGAAGAAAAUGGAACAGAUUUAUCAGGGGCUGGUGAUCCAUACUUAGAUGAUAUUGAUGAUGAGAUGGACCCAGAGAUUGAAGAAGCUUAUGAAAAGUUUUGUUUGGAAUCAGAGCGUAAGCGAAAACAGUAAAGUUAAAUUUGAGUUUAUCAGUUUUGUAAAUGUUUAGGUAUGGUGAUUUAGCAGAACAUGGGAAAGCAAGAAAUGUGUUACACUUAUACCAAAUUAAGGAUGUUGAGUUAUGUUACUAAUGUAUGCAACUUUAAUUUUGUUUAACACUAUCUGCCAAAAUAAACUUUAUUCCCUAUAACUUAAAAUGUAUAUAUAUAUAAAAUAGUUUAUUAUGUACAGUUAAUUCCAUUGUUUUGGCUGCAAUAAAGUCGAUUUUAAAAUAAAUGUUGAAAGUAAGUUUUGCUAGCUGGUUAGGUGCUUAUUGUUUAGUUUGUCCUUUUUUUGAGGGAAAAAGUCUUAGCCUGGAAAUACCUAUUAAUGCAAAAGUGUAGCAUUCUUUUUAGAUGUGACUAUUAUAGCUUUUAUUUUAAUUUGACAUUUAUGUCUCAAAUAUUAAUCACAAUCAUGAAAAUCUUUAGCACCAAGGUCUUGGAAUGUAUCAACAACUGAGUUACACAUGUAGAUGCUAUUUGAUACCAAGGGCUUUUAAAAUGACAUUAGCAGGAUGUGGGGGGGGGGGGGGUAUUAGAACUCCAGCUCAACAGCCAAGACUUCAUUGAAGAUUUGUUCCAGUUCAAGAAUUGUUUUUUGUUUGUUUCACCUGACUAACUCUGUAGCCCUCAGUCCUAGUGUAUGAUUCUGCUUUAUCAGCUUUCUCGUUUUCCUUUGUAGCAUGGGUUGCAUUGACUUUUUUACUAGAGAAUUUUACUAGAUAUUUGUCAUUCACGUUUUCAUCUGCUUUAUAAUUCAUAUACCUUGAGGGUCACUUUUCUAAUACUUUUACUGUAGUGUACCACCUCAGCCCUAUUUAAGUAAUAUUUUUACCUACUGUCAAAUCUUUUUUUCCAACUAACUAAAAGUAAAAGUUAUGUGUAAAAGGGUUGCUUGUAAAUACGCAUGUAAAUAGUUGUUAAUAAGCCAUUGUCUUACACUUGGCGCCUCUGUGUCUGCUUAUAUGGAGUUAGCUUCCUCACUUUUCCGCUUGUUUGUUCAGUCUGAAUUAAAAUUAGACUUUGAAAAUAAAACUUAGUUUUGCUUCUUCUAA